CCACCGGCGACGGUCGCGGAGCCCAUUCCACCUUCCGCGUAAUUAAUAGGAGGGCCCACUUCACAGUGAGAUAGACCUUUUUUUUUUUCAUCUAGCGAAGCAGCAAAUCGCCCCCCCUUCUUCGCCGCCGGCGGCCGGAGGGAGAUGGCGUCGGAGCUCACGUACCGCGGCGGCGUGGCCCCGGGCUCCGCCCCCGACGGCGGGGGGUACUCCCCCAAGCCCUCCAAGCCGCUCUCCUGGCUCACCCGCGCCGCCCGCUACGCCGCCGCCGAGCACCGCCCCGUCUUCGCCCUCGCCGGGAUGCUCUUCGCCGCCGCGCUGUUCUCCCUGUACGCCCCCUCCGGCCCGCAGCAGUCCUCCGCUGGGGGCGGUGGGGUCGCGGCCACAUUCGGCCACCUCUCCUCGCUCCCGUCGUCGUCGAUGCGCGGGUCCGCCGGCGGUAAGGUGCCGCUGGGCCUCCGCCGGCGCGCGCUGCGGGUGCUCGUCACGGGCGGCGCCGGGUUCGUCGGGAGCCACCUCGUGGACCGGCUGGUGGAGCGCGGCGACAGUGUGAUCGUGGUGGACAACUUCUUCACGGGGCGCAAGGACAACGUGGCGCACCACCUCGCGAACCCGCGCUUCGAGGUGAUCCGGCACGACGUCGUCGAGCCCAUCCUGCUCGAGGUCGACCAGAUCUACCACCUCGCCUGCCCCGCCAGCCCCGUGCACUACAAGUACAACCCCAUCAAGACCAUCAAGACCAAUGUGGUUGGAACACUGAACAUGCUUGGAUUGGCCAAGAGGAUUGGGGCAAGGUUUCUCCUGACCAGUACCAGUGAGGUCUAUGGUGAUCCCCUCCAGCACCCUCAGGUGGAGACUUACUGGGGCAAUGUCAACCCCAUUGGUGUUAGAAGCUGCUAUGAUGAGGGCAAGCGCACAGCCGAAACAUUGACCAUGGACUACCACCGUGGUGCCAACCUUGAGGUGAGGAUUGCUCGAAUUUUUAACACAUAUGGUCCUCGCAUGUGCAUUGACGAUGGCCGUGUUGUCAGCAACUUCGUUGCUCAGGCACUAAGGAAAGAGCCUUUGACUGUCUAUGGUGAUGGCAAGCAGACUAGGAGCUUUCAAUAUGUCUCUGAUUUGGUGGAAGGUUUGAUGAGCUUGAUGGAAGGAGAGCAUAUAGGACCAUUUAAUCUGGGUAAUCCUGGUGAGUUCACCAUGCUGGAGUUGGCUAAGGUUGUCCAGGACACCAUUGACUCAAAUGCUCGCAUCGAGUUCCGUCCAAACACUGCUGAUGAUCCACACAAGCGCAAACCUGAUAUCACCCGUGCGAAAGAGCUCCUGGGCUGGGAGCCCAAGGUUCCCCUGCGGGAGGGUCUUCCCCUCAUGGUUACCGACUUCCGCAAACGCAUCUUUGGUGAUCAGGAAGCCUAAUCUGCAGCAGCUGGUGGCUUGUCUUAAAUUUCAACACAACUGCACACAGCUUAAGCCAAAUCCUAUAACUUGUACUUUGUUGUAACUACAUCUGGAAAAGUUAAAAAUGGGUAGAAAGAUAUGGCAAAGAAA